CGUGUCCUCAUCCAACUCCUAUUCUUCUUUGUCUGUUGUUGCAAUUGUGAGCAUUCUAAAGUAAUUCAUCCCUUCCAUCUCUCACUACUAGUAUUUUUCGUUGUCAUCUGACUUGGUCAAGAACUCCAUCAGCAUGAAGUCACAGAUUCUAGCUCUUCUUCUGUGCCUGUUUUUGCAACAGGUGGCAAGUGAACAUCUCCCCAGAACCAAAGGGGUUCGAGGUGCAGAGAAGCGAGCUCUACAAGGCAAAGAAGAUAAAGGCAAAGGUAAAGAUGGCAAAGGGAAAAAGGGAGUACUUGGCGUUACGGAAGAGACGGAUCGAGCCGAGACCACCUAUGCCACUGGCGAGGAUGGUAACGCAUUGUACAUCCCGGUGGAUGUAGACGGUUUCGAAGGUAGAGACUACUUUGACUUUGAAGAUACGGAGGAUGCUAUGUUCCAACGUCAGGAUCAGGCAGAUAACAGUACGGUGAUUGAUGUGGCACCUGCAGUUCAGGAGGGGGAAACGGCGAUUGACGCGGCCCCUGAGAUUGAGGUUGAGGAGUUGGAAGACAUUGAUGUGGCCCCUGUGGUUGAGGAAGAAGCGGAGGAAGAAGUAAAACCAGACAAGAAGGGAGAUUCAAACGAUGAGGAGGAAGUUGAAGAGGAGGAGGAAGCUGUGGAGGAAGUGGAAGAAGAGCUGGUGGAGGAAGUGGAAGAUGUACCACAGGCCUCCUCGCAGGUUAACCUACGAAUCUUGGAACUAGAACUUCAAGUGGAUUCGCUGAUGCAGCUGAAUGAAACUGUUGCAGAGCUUCAGGCUCAGAUGAGCAGUGCCUUGCACACAAUCAACACCCACGAAAUGCUCAUCAGCAGUCUUGCUGCGUUGAUAAAUCCAGCAGACUAUAGUGUGAGUGCACAGCUGACCCCACCACCACACAUCUCAAUUGUGAGGAACAAAGAAAAUCCUACUCCGUAAGUCAAGAUUCGAUUCUGCGGUAUCCCAAUAUACGUACCGUACCGGUAGUCUAGGUUGCUGCCAACUGUGGAAUUUGGUAAGGACCGACAAGGAACAUGACGUGUAGGAGGAAUGCGCAAAACAAAAUGCAACACAGCUUCGUUCUAGCGCGAUGCAAGGCUAGCUAAAGCUACACUAGCACAAAUCAAAUCAUC